AUGUCGACAAAACAGGAGAUUAUUGUGGGUGCGAUAGUGACUCUCUCACAGGGCAAGGAUGGGAACUACGAUGUGGGGCAAGUAGGCGAAGAUUUGCUCAAGGCGCCUGGUCGGAAUGUAGGAGAUCGCAAGCCAAUAUCCUGGGACCUGGGACCUCACUCCGGUACGGGCUGGGUCGACACUGAGACACUGGACAUCGGCGUUACCGUUAGCAUCUGGGGAAUUUCCAUCGGGACUUUCUAUGGCAAUUUGGGAAAUCUUGGUCUUAAGGUUAACGUCAACCUGACUGGUGCUACCGGAUGGGUUAUGUUCUAUUCCAAGAACCGUACGACAGCCUGGGUCCGAAUUUCCCUCGACCUUAAAGCUUUUGGUGACUACAUGGAUGACUUUCAAACCCUUGAGUGGUAA